CCCUUUCAUUGCUCACGUUGAUUGUUGUGUUUACUCCAAGUUCAAAGAUUCUUAACCCAACCCAACUCUCAUAAAACACGAUCCGAAAUGCCAGCCUCCGUAGCCUCAGCACCAGUAAAUCGCACAACCAACAAAGCGCCCGCCUCAAGAGCAAAGAAGGCCGCCUCAAGCGCGACCAAAAAGCCCCAGAGCGCUACCAACGGCGCAGUGAACGGUGCUCAACACGCCUCCCCAUACACAAUCAUGGCCUCGCGAAUUGCAAACCGCGUCGCCGAGAUGGCCGAGAACAUGACGUUCGUCGAGCGCGAGAAACCUCAGCCACAGCAGCAGCAACAACAACAGCAGCAACAACAGCAACAACCCACCCAAACCGCCAAGAAGGUCCCGCGUAAACUCGAGAUGCGCCUCCCGCCUACGGGCCAAUCCCCAACAAACAUCACCUUCUCCGCACCCUUCCUCGACAACACACUCUCGAAGCUCCUCGCGCUGCAGAACCGCAUGCUGACCGUGUCGAACAACAUCGCGGCUGUCGAGGAGGUGGAUGAUAGUGUGAAGCAGGAGCAGUUCAUGCAGAGUGCAGAGCUGAGUAGGAUCAUCGCUUUGAUCUGUGCCGAGAAGGCGAGGCAGGGGUCGCAAUAGAUAUCUAGGCUAUGAGAUUGGCUCGGUAUGCUGUUGUUGAUGUGGGAGUUUCUGGUUUCGUUCAUGUUUGAAAACGGCUAUGUCGCGAUGAUAUUCUCAUGUUGGGUAAUAAGUCUUGUAUGAAUACGGUUGGUAUGAAAAUUGCAUUCUUUGAUGAUGGACAGGUCUUGAUCUGGGCUGCAAAGUACGUCGUUAUGUCUGUCCUGUGUGUCGCAUCAUGAAAAGAGAAUUCGUGAGAAGUUUCGUUUGUAGCCAAGUUAUAGACCAUCCAAGGAGCACAGUUGUAACAUCCUGUCGCAGACUGUCUACACUCACGAGUUAUACCAGGCUUUCUCCUUAAUCUCCACAGG